AUGGGAGCAACACAAGUGUCACUUACAACAAUUGAGAACACUAUCCUGAUGACUCUUGAAAUGGAAAAACUGAUCUUACCUAGCCAUAUGGCCUGCUACCUCUGCCAAUUUAAAAAUAAUAUUGAGGUUGUCUGCAAGACAGUCAAGCUGCAUUGUGACAGUACAUGUCUGACAAGCACCACACAUUGCCCUGAAGAGGCAUCCCUAAAGAAUCCAGAAGGAAAAUUCAUGAAGAUAUUAAAAGCUCGGAAGAAGAACAUGAGCACUGAGCUGAUGAUUGAGCCAGAGAAGGCAUCCUCAGACAAAACUGGCAUGAACUGGGUAAAUAUGAAUGAGGAGCUAGACCUAAAUGAUAAAAGUGAAAUUAUACAUGCACUAAAUUACCUAUUUUCUUAUCUACCAGAGGGAAACCUAGAAGUUAUACAAUCAACAUUAUUACCAUUCAUUAAGCUGCUUUUUUCAAAUGUACAGGAUGAAGAUAUGCCCACGGGUUAUUUGAAAAAAAACACAAAUAGCCCCUCUCUUAUACCUGAAUCCAACAAUUCACCCUACACAAAUAAAUUGGGGAAGCUCCAUUUUCUCAAAAAUUUGUUAGAUACGGAAACUGAUGAAAAAAUUGAUGAGAUUAAGAAGAAAGAAAAAACUGCCAUGCUUAUGCAGUCUAGUCCUUUAGGACCCAAAGUUAAACACCAACUAUUUUUAAAGAAAUUAGAAACUGCCCAACCACAGGAGGACAUCCCGGCAAAACUUGAGAGUAUAGGGGAAAGGUUGCAGAGAGCGUACAGAGUCCUCAAGGGGCGAAGAGGCAGAAAGAACAGGCACGUCAAACAAGUGAGGGAUCAGAGCAUCUUUGAGGGGUCAGAGCAUCAAGAGGGUUCAGAGCAGCACAAGAAUUCUGCUGCAGAUUCUCCUGUGACUGCAUUAAAGUCAGUGUCAACUGCUAAACAACCCAGUGAAACACAAUGGGAAUACGUCAGCCGGGAGAUUGACUUACCCCCCAAGCACAAAGACUUCAGUCACCCAUCGCUUUCAUCCCCAGGUGAUCAAUUUGAACUUCAGGUGAACCAGCACCUACAAUCCCUCAUGUCCAACAGUGACAUGAGAAGGCUCAUUUCUCAUGUUCUCCGGACUUUGAAAACGGACUGCUCUGAGCCCUAUGUACAAAUGGCUUGUGCCAAGCUCAUCUCCAGAACAGGCCUCCUGAUGAAGCUUCUCAGUGAGCGACAGGAAGCAAAGGCGUCCAAGGCAGAAUGGGAUCCGGACCAGUGGAAAAGUGAGAACUACAUCAGUGAGAGCCCAGAAGCCCAGGGUGAACAGAAAGACCAGGAGUCACCUGAGGUGAGGACAACUGCUGAAACAGGAGACCCCGAAUUUUCCAUCAUUUAUCCUUUAGGACCCAAAGUUAAACACCAACUAUUUUUAAAGAAAUUAGAAACUGCCCAACCACAGGAGGACAUCCCGGCAAAACUUGAGAGUAUAGGGGAAAGGUUGCAGAGAGCGUACAGAGUCCUCAAGGGGCGAAGAGGCAGAAAGAACAGGCACGUCAAACAAGUGAGGGAUCAGAGCAUCUUUGAGGGGUCAGAGCAUCAAGAGGGUUCAGAGCAGCACAAGAAUCCUGCUGCAGAUUCUCCUGUGACUGCAUUAAGGUCAGUGCCAACUGCUAAACAAUCCAGUGAAGCACAAUGGGAAUACGUCAGCCGGGAGACUGACUUACCCCCCAAGCACAAAGACUUCAGUCACCCAUCGCUUUCAUUCCCAGGUGAUCAAUUUGAACUGCAGCUGAACCAGCACCUACAAUCCCUCAUGUCCAACAAUGACAUGAGAAGGCUCAUUUCUCAUGUUCUCCGGUCUUUGAAAACGGACUGCUCUGAGCCCUAUGUACAAAUGGCUUGUGCCAAGCUCAUCUCCAGAACAGGCCUCCUGAUGAAGCUUCUCAGUGAGCGACAGGAAGCAAAGGCAUCCAAGGCAGAAUGGGAUCCGGACCAGUGGAAAAGUGAGAACUACAUCAGUGAGAGCCCAGAAGCCCAGGGUGAACAGAAAGACCAGGAGUCACCUGAGCUCACUAAGUAUGUUCCAGGAUAUGGCCAUGACAACAAACUCAUCUUGGCAAUAUCUGUGACU